UAACAAAAUAGAGAAAGAGAGGAAGAGGGACGAGGAAGAGGGACAGACAGAAAGGUAAAUCGCUAAGGAGAAGAGGAAGAAGAGAUGGCAGUGAGCGCAACGGUGAUCGGAGCACUUCUGGGACUGGGCACCCAGAUGUACUCCAACGCUCUACGCAAGCUCCCUUAUAUGCGACAUCCGUGGGAGCACCUGUUGGGGAUGGGUCUGGGAGCCGUGUUUGUUAACCAGCUUGUGAAUUGGGACGCUCAGCUCCAACGGGACCUUGACAAUAUGCUCGAAAAGGCCAAGGCUGCCAACGAGCGCCGCUACUUUGAUGGAGAUGAUGAUUAAUGCUUUCGCGCUAUCAUCAGAUAAGAUAUUCAUGCGCCAAGCUACUGUGGUCAUAAACCGGUUCAGAUUGUGAGUGGGUGAUUUUGGACUCUUUUUUUUGUUUGAUUUCAAGCCUGUUGAACCUUCUUUUGCUUUUAUUUGUCUGUCGAAUAUAAGCUUCGAUGCUUUGUGGUUUUGGCUGCAAAAUGCAAGUGCUUAAAUUGUAAUAAUUAAUAAAAAAUUCAAAGUGAUUAAACUAGAA